AUGGAGAUGGCCGCGGCAAAGGGCGCGCAGAACGGCCGUAGUGCCCCGGAGUGGCGGGUGACGGUGCCGGAGGGCGCGUCGGCGAUGGGGGAGCACGAAGCCGGCCGGGCUGCAAGGGCGUGGGCGUGGCUGGUUUCUUGCGUGCUCACGUUCAGGGACAAGGUGCUUGGUUUCGCGAGGAGGGUCUGGAAGAUCGGUGCCGACGACCCCAGGAGGGCGGUGCACGGCCUCAAGGUGGGCCUCGCCCUCGUGCUGGUCUCCGUGUUCUACUACACCAGGCCCCUUUACGACGGCGUCGGCGGCGCGGCCAUGUGGGCCGUCCUGACGGUCGUCGUCGUCUUCGAGUACACCGUUGGUGGCUGUGUGUACAAGGGGUUCAACCGAGCCUUCGCGACGGCCAGCGCCGGUGUGGUCGCGCUUGGCGUGCACUGGAUAGCCAGCAAGUCUGGAGACAAGUUCGAGCCGUUCAUUUGCAGCGGCUCAGUUUUUCUGCUUGCUGCGAUGGCGACGUUCUCGCGGUUCAUCCCGACGGUGAAGGCGCGGUUCGACUACGGCGUGACCAUUUUCAUCCUGACCUACAGCCUAGUGGCGGUGUCGGGUUACCGCGUGGGCGCGCUGCUGGCGAUGGCGCAACAGCGGAUAUCGACCGUCUCCAUCGGCAUCUUCAUCUGCCUCGCCGUCUGCGUGCUCAUCUGCCCCGUGUGGGCCGGGCAGGAGCUGCACCGCGCCACCGUGCACAACAUGGAGAAGCUCGCUGGCGCCGUGGAGGCCUGCGUCGAGGACUACUUCGCCGCCGCGGAGGUGAACAACAGGCAGCCGUCCGCCAAGGCGGACGGGUACAAGUGCGUGCUCAACUCCAAGGCGUCCGAGGAUGCGCAAGGCAACCUAGCGCGGUGGGAGCCCGCGCACGGCAAGUUCGGCUUCCGCCACCCGUACGGCCAGUACAGGAACGUCGGCGCGGCCAUGCGCCAUUGCGCCUACUGCGUGGAGGCCCUGAGCGGCUGCAUCCGCUCGGCCGAGACCCAGGCGCCCGCGCACGCCAAGCGGCACCUCGCCGACGCGUGCACGAGGGUGGCGGCGCAGUGCGCGAGGGUGCUCAGGGAGGCGUCGAGCUCCGUCAGCACAAUGACGACGUCGCGGAGCCUGGACUUAGCCGUGGCGGAGACGAAGACCGCCGUGCAGGAGGUCCAGGCCAACCUGAGGGCGCUUCCGGCCAAUCUGCUGAUGGACGCGGCGCAGCUGUUCACGGUCACCUCGCUGCUGAUAAACGUGUCCACGAGGGUCGAGGGCGUCGUGGACGCCGUCGACACGCUGGCAAGCCUCGCGGCCUUCAAGGCAGCAGAUGACGAAAAGCCUGCAGAGUCCGGGACUAAGGUGUGCAACCCGUGA